UCUUCUGCAUCUUCUUUUUCUUCUGACUAGGUUGUCUAUGGCAGCCCAUAGAACUGUCUGGUAAAAAGUUGUGAAAUUUGGUACACUGAUUGGGGAGGGUUUAAGGAGCAUUGUGACCAAAUUUGGGCCAAGUGCCGCCAACGCUGUAGCGCCACCAUCAGGUCAAAUUUGGGCCUAAUUUGGAAGUAUGUUUAUGGUCAUAACUUUUGAACCGUGUGUCCAAAAUCUAAAAGCCAGGCAUCCCUGUAUUCCCUGGGUUGCAACGAGUUCAAUGCACACUAUGAUGUCAAAAACUGUUUUUUUCCAUCUUCAGGAAGCCUCAUAAAAUUUAUCAGAAGCAUUUUGAAUAUUCAAAAUGGUUUGCCCAUAAUGGGCCAACGAAUCUGACAGCGAAGCCGCCAAACAGAAAGUGAGGCUGUAUCUCAGCAACGACUUUGCGCACUGGCACAAAACUUGGUAGGCAUCUUCAGGACCACGACCUGAGGCUAUGCAACAAAUGAGGCUAUGCAGCGCCACGUACUGUUAUGAUAGCAUGCAUCAGUUACAAUAACAUGCUAAAUAUGUUUACAUCUAACUGCCAUUUUUGCUGCUACUUCUCCAAAUUUUGUCCAAUCUUCACCAAAUUUGGCUCACACCAUCUUGAGACCUGUCUGAACAAAAGUUUUCAAAGGAAUUUUGAUAUUCAAACUGUUCUCCUGUAACCUGGUGGCAAAUGCAUAAUGCGAGGGUGUUUCUCAGCAUUGUAUGUACGUAUCAUCACAAAACUUGAUAAUUAUCUUCAAGACCACGCCCUGAAUGUACCCAAGAAGUUUUGUGACUGCACCGCCUUGUGGUUAAGAACUGUAACAACAAUUUUAUUUCCUUAUAUAUUUGAAGGAUUAGUGCUAAAUUUACAGUUCUUUUUUCCCUACAAUUCCCUGGAGUAUGCUGAAGUGAAUGCACACCAACUUCUGGAAUUCAAGUGUACUUCCUGUCAACCAUCUUGGAUUUUGUCAAAAACUGUUUUUCGCUACUCCUACAAAUUAUGUCCACUCAACACCAAAUUUGGCAUACAUCUUCAGAAAGCCUCACAAAAUUUAUCAAAAUAAUGUUGAUAUUCCAAAUGGUUUGCCAGAUUUGUACCAACAAAUCUGAUGGCGAAGCCACCAAAAAGGAUGUGAGGCUCUAUCUCAGCAACAGCCAUGCACACUGACAAAUCUUCAGGUAUCCCCAUGCCCUGAGGCUAUGCAACAAAUUUUGUGACAGUGUCACUUACUGGUCAAAAAUUACAAAAACAUGCCACAAAUGCUUCCAUCUAAGUGCCAUUUUUGCUACUCCUCUUUCAAAUUUUGUCCAGUCUUCACCAAAUUUGGCUCACAUCAUCUUGAGACCUGUCUACAAAAAAAGUUAUCAAAAGAGCCUUGAUAUUAAUAACCGUUCUCCCAAAACGGACUGGUGAAUGCAUCAACCGGCUGUAUCUCAGUAAGACGUGCAUAUUGUCAUGAGACUUGAUCUUCAGGACCUUGCCAAAAAGUUUAAAGACUGCACAACCUGUGGUCAAAAACUGAAAACUUGCAUCAUCUUCCCAAUUUAAUUUUGAGAAGGUAUUCUAAAUUCACAUUUCUACUUUCCUAAUUCUACGUUACUGUGAUUCCCUAAGGUACGCUAGUUAAUCACUAGUUAAUUACUAGUGUGCAGCCAGCACUUCAAACUGGAGGACUAUAAAAGAGAAAGCAGAAGAAGGUGCUAAAGAAAACUGUGACUCCGAGAGCUCUGUGUCCGGUCAACCCAAUAAAAGGAGCUCAGCUGAGUUAGGACAGCUAGUUAAUGUCCUCUUGUCCUCACCCAUGUAACCGCGAGUAAGAUGGCUAGUGCGGUUGCUGGCACAAAGGUAGAUAAUCAUGUAACAUGCCAAACAGUAUGGUAGCUACUUGUGUUGUUGAUACCUUUAGCGUAACUUGGAAAGACAUACAGUUGCUCUCUGCUUGCUUCCUGUUGCUCUCCUCGCUGGCACAGUUCUGUAUAUUCUGGCUCGAACACGUAUGGUUGGAUGUCACUGUGCAACAGUAGAGUAAUCCAUUCGCUCGAUUGCAAUAAUUUAUUUACAAAGCAAAGUGACUACUUACUAGCCAUAGCUAUCUAGCUAUCUGGCUUCCCUGAACAUACCAUUAGCUAGUCAACACUGCAUCCCAUUCCCUUCUUCUACCUUCAUUUCCCCUCCCACCCAAAUAUCAAACCCUAACCAUUGUAGUCUUUCAAAUUUCACUUCCACCUCCGAGAUACUAAAUCUGGAUGGGGUUUCCCCUGUAUUCAAACUUGGAAAUAGAGCCCGCUGUGUCACCAUUGUACGGAUGGUUCGUAUCAACGGAUGUAUCGAUGGUUAAAUGCUUUAUUUUGCCUGGGGUGUCCCGUUUAUGACAAUUUUCACUCUGAAAUAUAAAUGUGGUGUUUCAGGAGUAGUCUGGGCAAACAGAUGGACUAUCUCCCUCAGUGCCUUGAGCAAGUUGUGAAUUUUCUCUUGGUUCAGCUAUGCACAGAUUUGUUUGAGACAAAAGCUUGAAGACUACAUUUAUCAUGCCACUAUGUCCAGAUUGUUUUGUUACAGGGUCAGAGAGAACUGAGCAGAAUUUUCAGUACCCGAACUGGAUACCAUGGUUCUUGGUUGAGAUUACAACAAAACCUGGUGUGUGAGAUGCAGCCCAUCCUGGUGGAACAGGAAUGUAGGAGAUACCAACUGUCCAUGAAGAAUAAAGUCUGCCAAAAUGAUGCUUGGUCAACUUCUGUGCAAGCUAAUGCAUGACCUGCAAACCUUUAUGCGUUUUGCGUAGGAACUCUGCAUUUUAGCAUUUGAGAACUAUGAUUUUAUUGGUCAAAACUACACAAAAAGUGCAGUCGUCUUUUUUUCUCCAGUAAAAAUGUCUGAUGACAUGCGAUUCUAGAAAGAUUGACAGGUAUUUUGAACUCUUCAAUAUUAACUGACCUCCUGGAAGCCUUGCCCCAUCCCCCAUUUCACAUCAGGACAUCUGUGUUGUCUCUUCUCGAUUUUCCCGGUUGACAAAUGAACUGAAGCAGAGCCCUCGUUUUCUGUCAAGGUGAAUGGAGACUGUUUUGAGUUCAUUCAUGUGAAAUAAAAUUUACCAGUGUAAAUUCAGCUAACAUUAGACAAUAAUAUAUUUAACAUCUAUAAUAGUUAACUAAUAGGACGCGCAUCACUCUAACAGUUUUGUUAUGUUAAACAGGGUGACUUACACUUCACUAGAAUUGUACGUCUUUGCUCACAGUUUCUGUCGUCAGCUUUUGUAAAUCCUUCAUGAUCUGUCAGUCUUUCAGCAUGAUUGUCAGUUUUUUAACUUCAUACCAGUGAAUUAAUGAGGCUUUUUUUUUGAACGUUUGGCAUGUUUAUGUCUGCAAAGUGGUCAGUGAUCCCAAAAUUACCAAAAAGGUAUGCAGGAAAUGUGGAAAUGUGCAUGCCUUUGUGUCUUGGACACUGGCUUAAAUGAGAAGGAAUGUUUUUACAGCUAAAUGAUUCCAGCAUGAAUUCUUGGUAUCCAUCCCUUGUCCAUAUAGACUUUGUCUCAUGACUUCAGGUAUGUGUUACUCGUACCUUCCUCAUACAAAUCGAAUGACUUGUUCAAAUGUUGCCAUAUCAAAACCCAAAUUUAAUUCUAUUGCUAUUUAAAAAAAGUCCCAAAUUUUGUCAUUUGUUUACCAUUUUCUUGGGUUUUCAUUCAGUCUUUAUUACCAUGCAGUAAUACUGAAAUAACCACUUUUGUAUGCCUUCAUUUAUUAAUAGGCACACGUGAUCAACUCAGUACCUGUACCAUAUUGUUUGUUUCAUUUAAAGGAAACCCAGCAGGUAUCAUUCCAGAAGCAUAUUACAACAAUAUAAAUAAAGGAAAAACACAUUACACACUCUAUUCUAUUGUAAUCAGUGUUUUCUAAGUUAGUGUUUAUUAAUUUGUACUUGUAAUUCAUAGUACACUCUGGGGUCCCUCAGUGGUUCUUUGGACGUUUAGGGCCUUGUUUCCUAAAGGGGUUCUGCUUGGAACUUUUUCUUAAAAGUGUAAAACAUAUGAUUUAUGACCUUUUGGAACAUCUGAAAUCUUGGGCCUACAUUCUUAUUAAAAAAAGUUCAUCAAGUACUGUUCUUAGUUUCCUAAAGUGGUUCCUCGUGGAAAGUUUGGUUGCCCACCAAUUUCCACCCAACAGCCAGCUCUUGCCUAUCAUACAACAUCUACUGACCGGGGAGGAUGAAGGCUGACAUGUGCUUCCUCCAAAACAUGUGAAGCCAGCAUCACCAGUAUCUUUUUGAACUGCUGCUCAUGCUGGGUCACAGGGCAGUGUAAUACACUUGGAUAAAAGUGCUAUCUACCAUCUUCCGCAUACAUGUGCUCAAGGAUACCAAGAUUGGCUAGUGUCGCUGUGACAGGCAUGAGACAGCACAGACAGAUUUUGGCUUAAAUUUUUUUUAGCUCCUGGCCAUGGAUUGCUGUGACAUCACCCGGGUACAAACUCCUGAUCUCCCAGCGACAGGGUGAUAAUGCUUUUCUGUAAAAUCAUACAGAGAAACUUUAAGGGUUUCCUUGGAAUGACAAACUGUAGAUCUUUAAGUGCACAUCUUUCAUUCUUUUUCAGUGGCUAAGCUUGCAAGCUGUUCAAUCAAAGAUGCCAAUGUAAAUGAUUUACAUUUUCACUUUGCAUUACUUUAUUUUUUGCAUUAUUAUUAUUUUCAUUGUCCAUAUUUAUCUACCUUGUUUAUUAUGACACACAGUGUGAACUGAUUACCUACACUUUUACAGAAAAGUCAUCCUCAGAUGUUGAAUGUCAUAAAUAAUGAAUACUGAAUAAACAUUGAUGCUCAUGUUGAGUGGAUUUUUUAACGGGUCUAUGUAGUGACCUCCUACAACUGAUUUCAAGUGGAAUCCCUUCAGAAAGCUGUUGAAUGCCUCUUUUAAUUAAUAGUGUAUGGCACUCUUGGUCUGAUAUCAAGAGCAGUGUCUGUGUAUAAAUCUUACAUUAUAAGAAGGAUAGGAAUAAAUAAAGUACACUUUUGCUCCAUCUACAGUAUAUGAUGUACUGUUUAGUCAUAUGAAACCUUUCACAUGGCCAAACUAGAUUUACCCUCAUUAAUACUCUGAUUCAUUAUGCAAACAUGUCGUUUCAUGUUUCGUGUUAACAUGAAAACAUUUUCUGCACUCGUUAGUGGUAAACCUAGAAAAAUGGCCUAAACAACAUAUGCCAAACUAGUAACAGAUCAUAUAUGUACAGUAUAUGCCAUAUAUACCCGAACAGUUGUUUAUCAUUAGAAAUCUAUUUUAAAAAAAGUAAGUUAUUCUUCCACCACAGAUCCUGCUGUAAAUCCUCAUCAUCUUGGAGUGAAGUACUUGUGAGAGUCUUUUUCUGCAUAGAGAGAGGAGACACAGCGUGAGGAUCACACACAUGCAAGAACAGCGAGGAGGAGGUGGGUGUGUUAGCAUGUGAGAAAACGACAGCAGGCAAAGGGAGGGAGUCAGUGAGUGGAGAGAUAUAAAAAAAAUCCCUCCAGAAGAUAGCAGAUAACACAGUCAUUUAUUUUAAACAGAAGAUUGACCAUGUUGCUGCAGACCAUCUUCAUGCUCUCUGCAACUGUUUUCUUUGGAUAUCUGGAAGGGAAGGGUGUUCAGAUGCAGCGGGACGUUCAGUGUUGUAUGCAGUACUCGCAGCAGAAUGUACGGACCAAAGACGUUCUUAAGUUUGAGGUGCAGACGGAGGGGCCAGACUGCAGCAUAAAAGCCAUCAUAUUAUACACUAAGAAGGUGGUGAAGUGUGCAGACCCCAGGGACAGGAAAGUGAAGAGGUUACUGAAGAAACUGAGGCAGAGGGCCAAAGCCCACAAGUCCAUGCAGGUUCUGCCGCAAAGACACCUGCCUGUCAUGUCAAAGAUCCAGUAAAUCAUGGCGAGAAUUUGACUGACCACUUCAGCCUUUUCAUCUGUCACUGUCUUCUUGAACGUAUGUAGAUCACUGACUUUCAAUACAGAACAGUAUGCUGUCCCUCUAAGAUAUGUAAUAUUUUAGAUCUCUUUCUAAACUGACUGUUAAUCUAUAUAUGCCAAAGCAUUAUUUUUAACUCUGUACUUCAAGCUUGUUCAUUCUCUAUAUACAUUAUAUGUGUAUCUUAUAAGCUAUACAAGCUGUUAUAUAGAGUUAAAGUGACAUGACUGUUCCUGGCUCAAAAAUAGUGCAAAUACAUAUUCUAUUAUGUAUGGUAAUGCAAUCAUUUUUUAUAUAUACAGAAAUAUUGGAAAAUGCUGUGUGCAUUGUUUUUAUUGGGAAAAAAGAAAGGUGGAGUUCUUUGUCUUUUUUUGUUCCAAAAGGACACAUUAGGCACACACAGAUGUUUUAAAAAAAUUUUAAAAUGGAGUGUUGGCGCUAUAGUUGUUUUACUUUGGAAGGAUAAAAAAGGUUACUAAAAGUGUAGCAUUAGUCAGGUUUUGCUGAAACAGUGGCCAUGGACAAGUCUGAUUGUUACUAACAUAAAAUCUGUAAAAGUGCAGUACUGUGAUGUUUCUCAGAGCAGUAACGAAACUAGCUUGACACCGACACAACCUCAUGACUACGACUUAAAUAUAUUAUGCAAAAUAAGAACUAAUCUGGCGUAUGGUCAGAAAUUUUGGUUUCUACAGCUGGCUAAGAACCUGAUAACAACUAUUUAUGUUGUCAAAUGAAAAACUGUUACUUAAUUUGCACCUGAUGUUGUCUAGUGGCUGACUUUAAU